AUGAUGCCUCAUCAGAAAGGAGCAGUUGCUUUCAGUUUGCCCAAAUCAGUUUCUCCACAUUUCGUUCCUUGUUCCAUUGCUAUUAUAUUUAGAGAGAAAGAGAGAGAGGUAGAGAUGGCGGGAGUGGGUGGUGCUGUAGGAGUACUGAUAUUGGACGAGUCUCUACUUUUGGGGCUGAGGAAGCAAAGCAAGACUUCCAAGAGAUUGUAUGAACUAGAAUUUGGACUCCGUAUCGUACGGUCGUUUAAAUUGUUGACUAGGAUGGUUUUACUUUAG